CGCGGAAGGUUGCAAGUUUUACGGCUCGGCAACGAUAUCAAGUGCUAUUCCGGUUAACAAGCAUAAUUUUUGUAUUUAAUUUUCCGGUAAUUAGUACGCCUGGCAAAUGUCAACGGAUGAGGACACCGUGGGCAGUCCCCUAAAGCCGACCACGUCCAAGCCCGCCCAACGGGCAACGGAGUGGGAACCCAAACUCGCACAGAACACAAACGCACGUGGUGCAUCGAAUCUGUUGCGCCAUCAGCACAGCUUUGAGGCACGCUACAGCAGCAUAAUCCAAAACCAAAUUUGGGAGACCACCAUUAAUAAGGAUGUUAUGGAGCGACAACUUAAUGAAUACUUUCCCUUCGCACGCAGUGCUUCUCUCACAAGGAACGAAUCCGACAGCCUUUAUCAGCUGCUCAAUCCAAUGCCGGAGAGUAGCGAUGGUGCUAUGAAGGCACGUUCAUUGGGAACUACGCCCAUCAAAAAUCGAUCGCAAGCUUCUCUAGAGAAAUUCGAUACUACGGAAAAGCAAAUCAGAAAUAAUGCUGAGCCUUAAUAAAAAUGAAGGAACGCAAAGCUUACUUCUAUGAAUUACGGAUACUAAUACACGCAAGUUUAAAAAACAUAAUGUUUAUGAUGUAAGAUCGACAACCAACCGAAUGUGAAUUUGAAGUUAAUCAAUGUAACCAUAUUAUAUGAUAAGAUAAUAAGCAAUUCAGCGCAAUUUGCCUGAAGUAUCGAUAUCGGUGACGCUAAGAACGGACAAGAAUAAUACAAAUAAUUGUAUUUUAUGUAUUUAAUUUGUUUAUGUAUAUACAUUUUUUUCGUGCUGUUCAAGUGUAUAAAUGCACAUAAGCAAUAAAAUAUAUUUUAUAUGCGAAUUUGUGGCUUAUGAACU